UUUGAGGUUUUUAAGCUGGCAGAAGGAACUGAUUACCGAUUUCGUGGUGCCUUUCAGAACGAAGGGGGUAUUGACACCUUGCGAUCCUACAGGAAAAACAGUAUUCCUAGACAAGUUUCAACCGAUACCAAUCAUUACGUUUUACGAUGCUUGGAGUCUCCUUUGGAGUUACGCGUAUCGGCCCUCAAAGAAGAUGACAGUAGAGGAGCAAAUCAAAUAUCUAUACGAGAGUCAGGAACGCUUAGCACAGAGUAUAAAGAUAGUACAGCCAGAUCCAAUAUUGCGUCCGACAACAGUGAACCUCACAUACUCAAAUCAAGUAUCGAAACGGAAAGGCAAAGAUGUGAAAUUUAUGAUGGGUUCGUCGAUUCGUUGCCAUCCAACAGUGAGGAUGGAGGUGGUAAAUACAAGGACGGAGAAAAUACAGAUAUUACGUUGGGCAAAGAACGUGAAGGAUGUCCUAACACUGGAACAAUUGGAAAAAUGCAAGCAUCCUUUGGGAAACUGCUCAGAAUCGGUUCCCUGGGAGGCGAUGGUUGGAAAAAGAUUGUCCCCGGGAAAACGUGUCGCCUUGUACACGCGGACUCUCGCUUUACCAGUAAAGGAAAAUCAAUUACCGAAAAUCCUACAACCAUGUCUCAAGUGCAAUUAUGUGAAGGAAAAAAUGGAAGAACGUCGCGUUGCAACGAUUCGCUCAUCUUAGUUGAUGCAUUUAAAGAUAAUUCUCGUAUUGCAACCUUGGUUAAUUAUGAAGUUCUUGAUAGUGAUCCUAAAGAACUAAUUUAUCAUAUAAGAUGUGUUGCUAAUUUCGGCUUUGAUCAUAUAAUUAUUAUCGGGGAGACAGAGUAUGGAAUGAUCUUUUUAGACUGUUAUGGUCGUGUUUUUUUAUGGGAAAAUGAGAGUCAAACUUUAUGGCCACUUGGUGAUUCUCCCGAAGAAGCAUCGAAACGCAUAGUUAAAGGGGUAGAUCAGUUGUGUUGGUUUGAAGAUAAUGGAACUUUUAGUUCUAAGAUGGUGCGAAAACCAAAUCUUAUAAAGAGGGGAAACCCAGAUCCGAAAACUUUACGCAAUCGCCUACUCGUGGAAAUUAUAAAAGAAAAGUUAGAUACAAAACGUUUGAUUUCCAUUGAUGAAAAGUCCGAAGUUGCAAUAUCAUUUUUCGAAGAGCUUAAAUUCAAGCACGACCAUCGAGUCCAAGCAGAGCAAACUCUUAGAGAUACUGUUGGAUGCCUAUUAAAUUACCAUGAAAGGGAAGUAAGGCAAUAUGUAAAACAUUUGAAGGUCGAUAAUUUUCAGUUCCUUACCUCACCAGCAUGUCAUCAAUACUGGGGUAAGCUUACGACUAAAUACUAUGCGGAGAAAGAGAAUCUUUAUCAACUUCAACAUAGGGCCAAUGCAGAAAAAAGAGUUAUGGAAUUUGAUACUAUCAUCGGGCAAAAGUGGGUAGAUGACCUUGACCAUGAAAUCAAGAGAAGACGCCGUGAAGUUAGUCCUCUGGAAAAAUAUUCAAAUUAUGAUGUCAAAAGCCUAGUGGAGAGUGAUGUAGAGGGAGAAAAUGACUAUGACGAAACUGACGAAGAAUUUGACAAGAGAAAUUUGAUAGAGGACAAUAUAGAAAGUGAAAGCGAAAGUGAUUAUACGACUGAUGAUGAAUUCGACGAAAGUUAUUGUACAGCUGAAGUUAUAAAUAUUUCCAAUCACGAGGAAGAUAAACACAACGAAUUGAAGCAAUGGGCUCUUGAAAAUCCAGUUCCAGACAUCACAGAUAAAGAAAAAGAUGCAAUUGAUGAUUUCGUAUUAGAUGUAUUUGAGCGUAAUGUGAAAAACACUAUGAAGUCUAUUCAAGAGAAAAAAGUUGACUUAGCUCAAAAGGAUGCUGAAUUUAUAAAAAGAAUAUUGGAUGCUUGGGCCUAUAGUUCGUGGUGCGAAACGAUACAUCCAUCAUCAAAAUGGCGAAGACAGAGCGUAUACAAGUCUAAUAAGAAGACUGGUCGAAAAUGCGAUGGAAUACUUUUUGUAAAUAAUAGCAAGAUAGAAAGAUUGGUGUUUGAAAAUGUAUGCUCGCCAAAAAAAGAAAACCUUCCAAAAUAUCACAGAGAUUUGAAUAAAUCAUUUCGUAAUGCGGUUGAUACUCUUUGCAGGAAAUUCUGGACUAACAGGCAAGGGGACGCAGAAAUAUCUAGGAAAUAUAUCGUAUUAAUAUAUAUCGUACAUAAAAAUCAAGGUGAACUCUGGAGGGUAUGCUUGGCUGGUAAAGAUAAAUGUCUUGCUGAAAAAAUUUACUGGUUAGAGGUGCCUUGGAAAUAUGAGGAUGACUGGACAAAGUUGGCGGAUAUUUGCAAGAUGAUGCUAUUGAUAGAAGGGGAAAAGAAAAAAAGUAUUUCUACGGAAGAUGUUUCGCAAUCUCCAGUAAAUUCUAACGAUACUUCAAAACAGAUAGUGCAACAAUGUAAUGAGUCAGAGACUCGUGGCUAUGCCACUGAUACCCCAGUAUUUGAUAUAACCGAUAAUACUUUAAAUUCUAACGAUACCUAUGAGAAGUCUAACACAUCUAGCCACGAAGUGUCUGCCUCUGGCAAUUCUGAUAUAUACCAGGAUUUGGUGAUCCCCAUAUCUCCCGCAGAAAUCAUAACUUUAGAGGAUAAGGAGAUCGACAAAUUUCUGGAUUUAACGUAUAGGGAACAGGUUAGCAAUAAGGAAAAAAAACUUCUAGAUCAAGAGAAAAUCACAACUUCUCAGGAUACUAAAUCUCCUUUGAAUGUAAAAGGUGGACGGGGGUUGAUUCAAGAAUUAUUUAUUCCAGAGCCGUCUCUACAAAAAUCGCAAAUAAUUCAAAACCACGUGAUUGAAAUUUCUGAGACCGGCGGUCCUGGAAAAUCUGACAUUGAUGAAGAUUUUAGACUUCAAUAUAAUGAGAUUAUAGUGAGUAGUGGAGGUAAAAUUAGUGAAAAGAGGGCAAGAAGCUUACUGUAUGAUUCCAUUAUAAAACAGCUUUCUAUUAUCCAUAAAAAAAGAUCUCAAGAAUUGGAUUUACACCUUCCAGAAAACGUCGAUACAAAUAAUGCAGGACAUCAAAUUUCGUCCGAAAAUACUGAAAUUUCCAAGACCGGCGGUCCCAGAAAAAUCUCAUCUGAAAUAGAAACAGAUAGUAUAACCACUUCUUCCAGCAAUUCAGAAGAUGAGAUAAUUGAGGAAGUUAAAUCUUUACCAGAGACUAAG